CUGGAGCUGACACCGCCGCGGCUGCUCUCCUCCACGGUUCCUCCCCGGCUCUCCUCCCGGUUCCUCCCCGGCUCCUCCCGGCUCUCCUCCCGCUAUGGACGGCUCUCUGCUGCCGCUGCUCGCCGCCCUGCUCGCCGCCUGCUCGGUGGUCGGAGAUCCGGAGGGACUCGCUCCCGUCGACGCAGCUCCGCCUUCGAAAAUAGCGGUGAUCGGGGCGGGGAUAGGAGGCAGCGCCACGGCCCACUUCCUGCGGCAGCACUUUGGUCCCGAGGUGCAGGUGGACGUGUUUGAAAAGGGAGAGGUCGGAGGUCGUCUCGCCACCGUGACCGUGAAUCACAAUGACUACGAGUCUGGAGGUUCCAUCAUUCACUCCCUGAACCUCCACAUGCAGGACUUUGUCAAACAGCUUGGUAUGAAGUACCGCCGCAGCGUGGCGGGAAAGACGGCGGUGUUUAACGGCAAGGAGAUGAUUCUGGAGGAGACAGACUGGUACCUGCUGGACCUGUUCCGACUGUGGUGGCGCUAUGGCAUCAGCUUCAUACGCCUGCAGAUGUGGGUGGAGGAAAUAAUGGAGAAAUUUAUGAGGAUUUACAAGUACCAGGCCCAUGGCUACGCCUUCAGCUCGGUGGAGGAGCUGCUGGACUCUCUGGGAGGAAGUGGUUUCAUCAACAUGACACGUAGGCCGCUCUCCGAUUCGCUGCUGGAGCUGGGCGUGUCACAGCGCUUCAUCGACGACGUGAUCGCACCCGUCAUGAGGGUCAACUACGGGCAGAACGUCAGCAUCCCAGCAUUCAUAGGUGCUGUGUCUUUAGCUGGUGCCCAGAACAACCAGUGGGCCGUGGAAGGAGGAAACAAGCUGGUGUGUUCUGGCCUGCUGAAGAUAGCUAACGCUAACCUGCUGCAGGCAGAGGUCAACACCAUCUCCCCCAUCCAGACAGGGGAGUCUCUCCAGUACCAGCUGAGCUUUACCACGGCAGCAGGAACAGGAUCGGACCUGUAUGACAUUGUCGUGUUGGCGACGCCGCUCCCUGCCAGUGUCGAGUCUGGAUUCCAGUUCCAGGGUUUCACGCCUCCCUUUGACCAGCUCCCCGGCAACUACCACAGCACUGUAGCCACCAUCGUCCACGGUUACCUCAACACCUCUUUCUUCGGCUUCCCCGACCCGCGCCUGUUCCCCUUCGCCAGCAUCUUGACAUCUGAGACCCCCGAUGUGUUCUUCAACAGCGUGUCGAGCGUUUGCCCCGUCAACAUCUCCUCAGGGUUCCGGCGUAAGCAGCCGCAAGAGGCUGGCGUCUAUAAAGUGUUCUCGCCACAGCAUCUGGAGAAGUCUCAGCUCAAAACCCUCUUCAGGUCGUACUACUCGGUGCAGGAGACAGAGUGGCAGCCCUUCUCUCACUACAGCAGCAGCCAGGGUCUCCCGCCUGUGGAGCUCCACCCCAACCUCUACUACCUCAACGGCAUCGAGUGGGCCGGCAGCGCCAUGGAGAUGAGCUCAGUGGCCGCCAAGAACAUCGCCCUGCUGGCAUACCACCGCUGGAACCGACAGGUGGACAUGGUGGACCAGAGAGAUCUGAUGCACAGAAUCAAGACGGAGUUAUGACCUGAAUGUCAUGACACGCU